UUACUCCUUAUAGUCUUUGACAACUACUCCUCUUUACCCAACCUUUCCUAACCGAUAAAUCGUGUUGGCCUCUCAAUAUAUGGAGCUGCUCCUGCUGCAAAGUUCUGCAUAUCUACAUAUUUCUUCUUGUGACCCUUCCUUUUCUUGCUACCACUGUUUGCUCCUAUUGGGAAAUGGGGUUGGUGUACCGUGCUGUGAACCAUCUGAGCCGUUCAUUCGGCAAUCCACCCCGUUCCCUUCUACAGAUUCCUUGUUCGGGCCCUGCACAUAUCUAAUAGAGAUGGAUGGGAUAACGAACCCAAAGAGGAACAUUGAUUGCAAGAUUAAGAGAAACAGUCAAUCCCUUUUGAAAAGGGUAAUGCAACUCGUCCAUACUCAGAUGAUGGUAAACUAUGUACAGUUGCACACAAGCUAUUCUGCUAUGUGUGUUGAGAUAGGUGCAUUCCCAAAGUUCACCAUUUUCACAUGACAGCAGGGUCACAAAUUAUGAAGCAAGUUCUGUUUAGUGUUUUGGUCUUUUCCAAUGCUUAAAACUAGGCGAUAUAGUUUGUUAAUACAGAGGAGUGCAAUGGUGUAUUAUGAAGGUUCCAAAUGGUAACCGAAUUUAUCUUCUAGCAUUUAUGAUUGCAGAUGCCAAGAUCUAA